AUGGAAGCUAGAAGGGAGACCCCUGGAGGCAGAGAGGCAGCCAGUACAGCAAGGCUCGGAGAUGGGAGACAGCGUGUCCUCUGCAAGUUCCGAGUGGGCAUACCUGAGGAGUCCCAUGCAACCAGGAAAGUUGGUGAUGUGGAUGAAGGCCAGAAGCAGGAAGGUCGAGAACUUCUGAGAAGGCUGACAAAAUGGAAGGGCUUCGAAGAGAUGAAAGAAUCCCGGAAAAACAUCUUACUUGAUAUCCUCUAUGAUGGCAUUGUGUUUGCAGUAGAGAAAGGCUUCCCCUGGCCAGCAGUGGUAGAAGUUGCCAGAUUCACAGAAGAACUGUUAGAGGAAACCAAAGAUUGCUCCAUUACUCAGGCCUUACAGAUACUUGGGAACAAGCUCAGAGAAUAUGAAACCAAGUUUAAUCCUGUCAAUCUAAUGGCUGUCUGUGAUUAUUUUCACAACACCUUCAUCCGGCAUUUAAAACUCUACCAGUAUGUCCUCUGUAAAGAUCAGGAUAUGUACCAGGCCACUGAAUCCUUAGAUCUCUGCCCUCCACCACUACCCCUUCCAUUGUCAGAGGGUGUCGACAAAAAUGUCUGGAAGUACCAACAGCAGGUGGCUGAGCUCACGGCAGCUGAGGUGCAGAAACGGACCAACAUGUUGCUUCUGAGGGAGACCCUCCACCUGGAAAGAGAGCACACAAUGAAGAAGAUCUUUGAGGGACUGGUUACGAAAGAAAUAGGGGUCCUAGACCGAGAGGCAUUGGAAACUAUCAUCCGCAAAGCUGUGCGAACGCAGAUUGACUCCCUGAAGGAGCUCUUGGAAAAUGAGAUAAAGACCACUUAUGCAAUCUUAGACCUAAAACUGCAAAAGAAGAUUUUGAAAGGCACUGUGGACUGCCCUAUGAUGGAGUUUGGGGCAUCACCAAAGGCUUCAGCACGGACUCUGGGCCUCCCCUUAGACUUGAAUGGGUCAGGUGCCACAGAUUGCCUUGUCCUAGAGCUUGGGACCUCACUGAAGGCUUGUACCAGGGCCAAGAACUUCAAAGGAGGGAAGAAUAUGUUUUCUCUGAUGGGAGUUAGUGUGGGAGACUGUAACGUCAAUCCAUGCCAAAAUUAUAUCCCCCUGAGCCACGGCAACUUCAAACCAGCAGCUGUCCCAGCAGGCUGUGCACAUGUGGCUGCAGCUUGCGUAUGGCGUUAG